AUGUCGAGUGAUGAUAAAAUUAAAUCAAAUGACCCCAAGACUGAGCCCAAGAACUGCGAUCCCAAGUGUGAACAAAAGUGUGAGUCCAAAUGCCAGCCCAGCUGUUUAAAGAAGCUGCUGCAACGCUGCUCCGAAAAGUGCCCACGGGAAAAGUGUCCAGCACCACCCAAGUGCCCGCCCUGCCCCUCGCAGUCUCCUUCAUCCUGCCCUCCCCAGCCCUGCACCAAGCCCUGUCCUCCUAAAUGCCCUUCAUCCUGCUCACAUGCUUGCCCACCUCCCUGCCCUCCCCCAGAGUGAGGCACUGUGGGCACUACCCAACCCCACCACCACUGCCACCUCCACCAUGUACAACGCUGUGGGGCUGGAGACUGAAACCAUGAACUGACAAGUAAACGUGUUCCUCUGCUGUGCAA